AUGUGUCUGGACGCACUCUCUGCAGCUGGUGAUGGCCAGAAGUUCUGCCUCAAGUGGGACAGCUUCCAGGACAGCGUGACGUCACUGUUCGACUGCCUGCGUCACGAGGAGGAGCUGGUGGACAUCACGCUCUGCUGCGAGGGCCAGCGGGUGCGCGCGCACCGGAUGAUGCUGUCCGCCUGCAGCCCCUACUUCAGGGACCUGCUCAAGAACAACCCCUGUCAGCAGAUGGUAAUCUUCCUGAAGGACACGUCGGCCGCCGACCUACUGGCCAUCAUCGAGUUCAUGUACAAGGGCAGUGUGAACGUGGCCCAGAGCCAGCUGGCCAGCUUCAUCAAGACGGCGGAAAUGCUGCAGAUCAGGGGUCUCAGUGGCGAUGAUGACAAGGUGGGCAUUGAUCUGCCACCUUGA